GUCCAAGUCUGAUGAAAAUCCAUCAAGUAGUUCAUGAGAUAAUGUUUUUAAAAGACCUUUCUCAUAUAAGGUCUAGCAGCCCUUAAACCGUUAAAACGGGACCAAGUGCCCUCAUUUGAACACAACUCAGGGACAGGACUUUAUAAUGAUGCUACAGACCAAGUUUGCUAGAGAUCAAUCAAGAAGGGAAGUCUUUUUAAGGGUUUUACAUAAACUGCCUUAGGCUAAUUACAAAUUAUAAUUUAAAAAGAAAAUAGAAAAUCAUUUUUCAUAAUUAAAAGACAGAGUUAUUCUACUACAAAGGUACGUAACAAAUGACUCCUAAAACCUGUUUAUUGUUAGAGUUAUCCUUUAUGUCAAAACAGAAAGAGGAAGUGAAAUACAAACAUUCCAUAAUACUAUAAAUAUAGACAUUAUCUAAUCGGUCUUUUGAAGAAGUUUAAUUACAACUUUGCUGACUUUAUACCAAACAAAGAAUGUUUCAACAACCUGGUUAUAUGGAGAAUGUGUCAUUGAGACUGUCCGAGGUUCUCGCUGAUAUAGGAGUGGAUGAGAGAAUUGUUCAGAAAAGAAGAAGAACAUGGCUGCUGGCGGAAUCUAUGCAAACAAUAUCAUUACAACAACAGGAUUUCAAUUGUUCAGCAUACUUCUUAGGCAGUCAGUCUGAGGGAACCACUACACAUGGACUAGACUCAGACAUUGAUAUACUUAUCUGUCCUAAUAACUUAAAUGUGAUACAAGACUGGGCUGACUGGGAACCUGGUGUAUGCAAUUACUUGAUGAUCCAGGAUGAGACUGUAUCAUCUGGUUACUGUCUACUACAACUCCUGAGAGAUGAUGCUCCUCUUCCGUACAAUGAUGUACCUGUACAACACCACUUCAGAGACAGAACAGGAAGAAUAUUGCUAAAGAACACACUCAUGACAGCAGCAGUAGCAGCAGCUGAUGUUUGGGAGAGAGGAGUAAUGCAUGGUCCAGCAUAUGCAGAACAAGGAAAACCUGGGUUUAUAGAUUAUGACAGUGUUAGUGCUUUCCAAUGUAAAUCAUGGCCUCUACAAGCUAGACAAUGGUUAGACCAGCAAGGUGUAGGUCAGUGGCCUUCAGAUGACAUGAAAAGAUAUUGUAGCAGUACCGGAUGUUUUGUUGUUGGUGUUGGAAGCAAGGAAAAUGAAGAGCUUGAAUUGAGAAUAUCAACAUCUCUAGCAGAAAGAUGUUUGAUGUUUAAUCUCAAUAUUACACAGAUUCGCUGUUAUAUUUUGAUGAAGAUGAUAUUAAAAACCUUCAUCAAGCCACACUUUGGAGAUAGUAUUUCAAGUUUCAUGUGUAAAACAGUUCUGUUCCACUGUAUUGCAAAUACACAUUCUAAUGUCUGGAGAGAAAAUAACUUACUUGUUUGUCUAUCAUUGUGUUUAUUUGUCCUGUACAACAGUAUUUUGAAUGAAAACUGUCCACAUUUUAUCAUACCUGAAAACAACUUGAUGAAAGGAUAUUUUUCUCAUGAAUCUAAACCUUACCUUCUAGAAAUACUGCAGAAUAUUAUAAACAGUGAAGGGAGAGCACUACUGGAGAUUGAAUGUGAUGAUCUUGGUGCAAGGCUUCAGCUGAAGUUCAGUAAUUUGCUCUUUGAGUUUGAUAUCAAAAAGAGUAAAAUUAUUUCAGGGCAGUUAUUAGAUUUCACUGCACAGACAAUUGAUAUGACGAUACAGAAACGUCUGGCUUUAUUUACAAACAGUAGUUAUAAAGAAGCUAUACAAACAUUGUUGAAAUAUAUUUUCAAACUAGUCAGCAUUUCUAAUCAAUGCCAAGGACUGGACAAAACAGCUAGCAGACUUCUGACUCCAUGGUUCUGUACAACCCUGGGAUCUGUGCUGGCGUCUCUCAACAUUCAACAGUAUAAUGGUAUAUCAGCAGAAGCUUUCACCUGGAUCUCAAUGGGUCUGAACACAGAUGUUGCAUCUAGUAAACUGAAACUAGCCUCCAUGUUUUACUGUUUAGGGGAUACUCAAAGAACAGAAAUUGUUCUCAGAGAUAUUGAAGGAAGCUAUGAUCUAAAUAUUGUUGAACCAGUUUGUAAGUGUCAUGAUUUCAUCCAUCAAGCUUCAAGAAGAGGUUUUUGUGCAAUAGCUGAACAUCAUAAUGAAGAAGCUAUACAGUACACUAUAGCAUUUUGUGUCAAAUUUCUGCCAUGUGAAAUAAAUUGUGUUCCACAUGAACUAAGAUAUGAAAUGUUUAGAUCUACAGAAGAGGACCUUGCUUUCAGAGGCCGCAAUGAUGAGUGGAUGGACUGGGCUGUGAUAGAUUCUCUUCCUUACCUCUACUUUCUACAAUACAAGACCUACAGCAAUAUGCAGAGAAAUGAAGAAAAACAAAGAGCACUUUCAAACCUUGCCAAGACCAUUGAUCAGGAACCAGACCUUGGACACAGGGAAACAGCUCUGAAUUUACUAGGACAGUGUAUGGAACAAGAAGGCCGGGCUAGAGAUGCUUUACAUUAUUAUUUAUUGUCCUUAAAUCUAAGGGAGAGAAACAAUGAUGCCACGUCCCAUAUCUGUAGAAUGCUGUCUAUUUUAGUAAAUGACCAUUAGUUUAAAAUGAACUAUUAAAUUAUUUGGCCAGUAAGUGGAGAAUAUAUCAAUUCAUUGAAGAUUUAUGUAUACUGGUACAUGUGAUAUAUCAAAAAGUUUUAAUGCAAUGACUGUGACUUACUGUGUGAUAAAAGGAAAUUAAGCAAACUUCUGUUUAAAUACAAAAAGACCAAUAUCACAGUCAAAUUCAUUUGGAAAGAAUAAACUGUAUAUAUACUUGUG